AUCAUCGAAAUUCUUCUUGGGAAUUAGCUUAUCCUCCUGUCACUCCUCCUUCUAGUCAACAAGAUAUUUUAUUGAUGGAUCAAUCACCUAUUUAUGAUUCAUUUCCUUCUUCUUCUACUCAACAAUAUUCCCAUAUUAGGCACUCACCUAUUACUACAUCAUCAUCAUCAUUGGAAGCCAAUCUUCGGCAAUCAGCUUCAUCAUUGGCGUCUCCUCAACAAAAAAAACAUUUAAGAUUUCAUAUUGUCCUUCAAGCAAGUACAGCGGUGACUCAAAAGACAGAAGAAUCUUCUUUAACUUAUUUGAAUCGAGGUCAAGCUUAUGGGAUUGAUUUGACAGAUAAAUUAGGUUAUGAUGGUUUGAUUCAAAGUCAACUUGUGAUCAUGUUCCAUGAUCCUUCUCAUCAAAAAGUGGCGUUAAGUUAUUGGGAUUUUUGGAUCAAUCAACAAAAAGAUCCUCAACAUGCUCGAGCAUUAGAUUUUGAUGCAAAUCAAUCUGUUGGUAUUAUGAAUGUACGUCAUCCUGGUUUUGAUCGAGUUUCUUUUGAUUGGCAUGGUCGUCAAGGAGCAAAAUUGUUUAUUCGUUUUCAUUGUCUUUCCACUGAUUUCUCCAGAAUCAAAGGCGUUAAAGGCAUUCCCCUGCGUAUCUGCAUGACCAGUCAAGUCCCUCUUACUACUGAUCCUUUAUUGAUGCGCCAUUACGCUGGAUCUUUCCAAUCCAUUCAUAAGGAUAAAAUGUUGGAUUAUAUUGAACAAAGUUAUUGUAGAGUCAAACUUUUUAGGGAUAAGGGUGCGGAAAGAAAAAAUAAGGAUGAUGCCAAACAAUUGGGAAAACAAUUUGAAAAACUAAUGCAUGAAAGCGAUGCCAAGCAUCAUCCAAUGUGGCUCAUGUACAAUGAAUCUGUUCCUUAUAGUGUGUUUGGCGAAGUACCUGCUCCAUAUAGUUUUAGUCUCUUUGAUCAUUCGGAUCCUCGUCUUUCUUUUUGAUCUUCAGUCCCCCCCAAUCUUUCUUGUUCGUUCUUACUCUAAUAAAAAAAGAUAUAUAUCUUUUUUUUUUUUGCAUGAUUCAUGUUAUGGAGAUCAUCUUAUCGUAUGCCUGUCAAUUAU